GGGGGGGGGAGAGUCUGAGUGGAUCUCUUUUAUCACCGCGUCAAUAGUCUUUCGGGGUUUUUUUUUUUCCGCCGCUAAAUAUUUCCCUGAAAUCGCUUGGAAAUUUACAACCAUCUUCAAUCGGCGCUGGAGUGUAAAAGUGGGCGAAAAUCCACCGGUUGAAAGGAAUGUUGUUUACCUCCCUCAAGGCUUCAUGUUUGCAGUGAGAAGGAAGAAGAACGAACCCUCCCGACCCGGAUUAUUGUUGUUAUAUUACUCGGAGUAGCUGCAAAGAGCGACACAGGAACGGUGAGGGGAGCUCAAGAGGCUGAUCCGAAACGCUUACUACAAUUUCUUUUUGUUGAAACACCCAAGUCCUGAGCAGAAGGGAGAUGUGAAGGCUGGUCGGAGAGCAGCGACACUGAGCAUCCUGCACAUCGACACGACCCCCCACCCCCAUCUUCAGCAUGAAUGGGGAUAUGCCUCAUGUUCCCAUUACCACUCUUGCUGGGAUUGCUAGCCUCACUGACUUGUUAAACCAGCUGCCCUUGCCUUCCCCUCUCCCUGCCACCACCACUAAGAGCCUGCUGUACAAUGGGAGGAUCGCCGAAGAGGUCAACUGUCUCUUGGCCCGCAGGGACGACAACCUUGUCUCCCAGCUGGUCCACAGCCUUAACCAGGUCUCCACCGAGCACAUAGAGCUGAAGGACAACCUGGGCAGCGAUGACCCGGAAGGCGACAUGCCGGUGCUGCUGCAGACGGUGCUGUCCAGGAACCCCAACAUCUUCAGGGAGAAAAGUAUAAUGCAACAGCCAAUGAUGCCGCCAUACAAGAUUCCUCAAAAUUCCAUGCAUGGCAGCCCGGCAUCCACAAACUACCAGCAAACCCCUGUUACUCCCAGCCCUCCUAGUCGUUUUGUUCAGCCUCAGACGGGCUCCGGUGCCCGGUUCAUUCCCCAACAAAACAGCCCUGUGCCCAGCCCGUAUGCCCCUCAGAGCCCUGCCGGUUACAUGCAGUACCCUCAUCCUCCCACUUACUCUCAGCAUCAACAGAUCCAAGUCUCUGUGGCUAGUCCCAUGGUGCCUGGUAUGAGAAACAUCCACGACAACAAGGUCUCCGGGCAAAUGUCAAGUAACUCAGCCAAUCACAACGCGCGGCAUUGCUCCAAUGAAGAGUACAUGAACAUAGUCCACAGACUGGGAAAUGAGGAGACUGAUCCUUCGAUGAGAAAUGCCUCCUUCCCCCUCCGAUCGCCCCAGUCCGUGUGCUCUCCUGCUGGAAGUGAAGGGACCCCAAAAGUUGGAUCGCGGCCACCUCUGAUCCUCCAGUCCCCGCCUCCAUACACCUCACCACGAGAUGCCGCUCCUGACCUCCUCAUGGACUCGCCUGAGCGGAAGAAAAAGCAAAAGAAAAUGAUAAAGGAAGAGGGUGAGAAAGGCGCCAUGUACGACAUCGUGAGCUCGCCCUCUAAAGACUCCACCAAGCUGACGCUGAAGCUCUCGCGGGUCAAAUCGGCGGAGACGGAGCAGCCUGGUGAGCUUAUGUCCGGUGGCAUGGAGCAUGGCUCAGACGCAGAGAACGAUCUGCCCUGCAACAGCUUUCGGGAACAGUCAGGGUACCAGCAGGUCCCGGUGCUGCAAAACACAGGGGCACUCGCUGCCAAACAGCCUGGAGCAGUCAGCGGGACACCCUACGAUGAGGCUGAAUUGGAUGCGCUGGCUGAGAUCGAAAGGAUAGAGCGCGAAUCGGCUAUUGAACGAGAGCGCUGCUCGAAGGAGGUUCAGGAUAAAGAUAAACCCCUAAAGAAGCGGAAACAGGACUCAUACCCUCAGGAGCCUGGCGCUGCUGGUACUGCCGGAGGCCCUGGCGUAGGCGGUGGGGGCAGCGCAGGGAACAAACCAACGCCUCAGGAGGCUAGUGCUGCCAGCAACGGGGCUAACCGUCCAGCACUUAUGGUCAGCAUAGACCUUCAGCAGGCAGGAAGAGCCGAGGGGCAGCUUGAAUGCCCUGUGCCUGCUCAGGAGGCCCAGCGCUGGGCCGAGGAUGGCUCUGACUCAACUGGGGUACUGCGACUCAAGUCAAAAACGGAUGAGGAGCUUCAGAGGGCAGCAGACGGACGGCCUGAGGUUAUAAAGCAGCAGAAAACGGCUUCAGACGGCCGCCCCGAGAUGCCAAAAAACAAGCAGGACAGCCGGCGUGACUCCUCAGGAAAGGUGCAGGGCUCGGACAAGCGGCCUGACCUGUCAAAGCACCGGCACGACGGCAAGCAGGACAAAAUCCGUCCCGAGACUCCCCGAAAAGACAGCCGCCCGGAGCUUUCCCGGGACGGCCACAGAGAGGAAAAACACAAAGAUAGAGAGCGGGACAGGGAGCGCAGCAGUGACGGCUCCAAAAUCCGAAGGCCGGAAACACCCAAAUCUUCCAGCAGGUCGGAGCAGGAGCGCCCUGGCCGAGACAGGGACAGAGACAGGGACCGAGAUAAAGACAGAGACAAAGACAGAGAUCGUGAGCGUAAACACCGGUCUGAAUCCAGAGAACACCGGGACAGGCGCUCUCCUGAGCACCGGUCCCGGCCUGACAGUCCCCGCGUGAAACAAGAAAGCCGAAGUGGGCCAGACUCAGGUCGAUCCCGCACUGACCUCAAAUCUCCUAACAGCAAAGAGGAGAGGCGGAGCUCUGACGGUACCAGGAAAAGUACUGAUGGCUCUAAGCUGCCUCCCCCUGACAGCAAAGCUGGAGAGUUUCCUGAUUUCCUUCUGGGCGGCAGGUCUGGUGCACUGAAAAACUUUGUCAUUCCCAAGCUGAAACGCGACAAGGAUGGGAACGCAGAACCCAGACGACCUGGGGAGUUUUGGAGCCAGCCAAGGGUGAAGCUAGAGAGGCUCGGGCUGGUAGAAGACAUCAGCAAACGGUCCAAACCUGUGGUGGUGCUUCAGAAGCUCUCCCUCGACGAGGUGCAGAAAAUCAUCAAGGAGAGGCAUGCGACCACCUCCAAAUCCGGCAAGAACAGGUCUUCCUAUGGGAAAUCCUCAAAAGGGGGUAUUGAUGAGUCGGUGCUCAAGGAGCUUCCUCCUCAUCUGCUUGCAGAAAUCGAGUCCACCAUGCCUCUGUGCGAGAGGGUGAAGAUGAACAAACGCAAACGCAGCACAGCCAAUGAGAAGCCAAAGUAUGCUGAGGUCAGCUCAGAUGAAGAUACUGAAUCAGAGUCGGCCCCAAAGCGAUCGAAGAAGGACCGGGAUCGGACGUGGGAGUACGAGGACAGAAGGGUUUCCGGAGAGCGUAGGCGUAGUGGAGGCUACAACGAUGGCCGCAGAGGUUCAGGCAGCCGAUACCGAGAUCACAGUCCAGACGAUUCCGGGAACGAGACUCCUCCUCCCAGUAUGAGUGAUGUAUUCAAAAAGAUGAAGAUGAAGGAAAAGCAGAAAAAGAGGAAAGCCUACGAGCCGAAGCUAACUCCAGAAGAAAUGAUGGACUCUUCGACGUUCAAGAGAUUCUUGGCAAGUGUGGACAACAUUUUAGAAAACUUGGAGGAUGUGGACUUGACAUCGUUAACCGCAGAUGAUGACGAGAUCCCUCAGGAACUGCUCCUUGGGAAACACCAGCUAUCGGAGUUGGGCAGUGAAUCAGCCAAAAUCAAAGCAAUGGGCAUCGCAUACAGGAUUCCAUCUGACAAGCUCGUGAAAGUGCUGAGCAUAUUGGAGAAAAACAUACAGGACGGCGCUAAGCUCUCCACGCUCAUGAACCACGACAAUGAGGCAGAAGAUGAAGAACGGUUAUGGCGUGACCUCAUCAUGGAGCGGGUAACCAAAUCGGCCGACUCUUGCUUGACGGCCCUGAACAUCAUGACCUCACCGCGCAUGCCCAAGGCCGUCUACAUCGAGGACGUGAUCGAGAGGGUGCUGCAGUUCACCAAGUUCCAUCUGCAGAACACCCUGUACCCUCAGUAUGACCCUGUCUAUAGAGUGGACCCACACGGAGGUGGCAUGUUGAGCUCGAAAGCCAAACGGGCCAAGUGUUCCACACACAAGCAAAGGGUUAUCGUGAUGCUCUACAACAAAGUGUGUGACAUCGUCAGCAACAUCUCAGAGCUGCUGGAGAUCCAGCUACUCACGGACACUACAAUUCUGCAGGUCUCUUCAAUGGGAAUCACACCGUUCUUUGUGGAGAAUGUCAGCGAGCUUCAGCUCUGUGCCAUUAAGCUGGUCACGGCUGUCUUCUCCCGCUAUGAGAAACACAGGCAGCUCAUCCUGGAGGAGAUCUUCACCUCUCUCGCCAGGCUCCCCACCAGCAAAAGAAGCUUGAGGAACUUUCGGUUGAACAGCAGUGAUGUUGACGGGGAGCCCAUGUACAUCCAGAUGGUAACGGCUCUGGUGCUGCAGCUUAUACAGUGCGUGGUGCAUCUUCCUAACGAGAAGGAUAACACAGAUGACGAGUACGAAAAGAAAGUGGACCAGGAUGUCCUGAUCACAAACUCGUAUGAAACUGCAAUGAGGACAGCACAGAAUUUCCUCUCUGUUUUCCUCAAAAAAUGUGGCAGCAAACAGGGAGAGGAGGACUAUCGGCCUUUGUUUGAAAACUUCGUGCAGGACCUUCUCUCAACGGUCAACAAACCAGAGUGGCCCGCUGCCGAAUUGCUGCUCAGUCUCCUGGGCCGGUUACUGGUGCACCAGUUCAGUAACAAGCAGACUGAGAUGGCACUCAGAGUGGCCUCUUUGGACUACCUGGGAACGGUUGCUGCUCGCCUCCGUAAAGACGCCGUCACGAGCAAAAUGGACCAGAGAUCUAUAGACCGCAUCCUCAGAGAGGUGUCUGGCAAUGAUGAGACUCAGCAGCUUCAGAAAGCUCUGUUGGAUUACUUGGAUGAAAACGUGGAGACCGACCCGUCUCUUUUGUUUGCAAGGAAGUUCUACAUCGCUCAGUGGUUCAGGGACACCACUACAGAGACCGAGAAGGCAAUGAAGUCUCAGAACCAGAAGGAAGAAGACUCUGCAGAAGGAGCGCACCAUGCCAAGGACAUAGAGACCACAGGCGAGAUCAUGCAGAGAGCCGAGAAACGCAAGCAGUUUUUGCGGUCCAUCAUCAAGACCACUCCGUUGCAGUUUGGUACAUUGAAAAUGAACUCGGACACUGUGGACUACGAAGACGCCUGUUUAGUCGUGCGAUAUUUGGCCUCUAUGAGGCCGUUUGCACAGAGCUUUGAUAUUUAUUUAACACAGAUCUUGAGAGUGCUGGGAGAGAGUGCGAUUGCUGUGAGAACGAAAGCGAUGAAGUGUCUGUCAGAGGUGGUGGCUGUGGAUCCCAGCAUUCUGGCUCGGUUGGACAUGCAGCGCGGAGUCCACGGUCGGCUAAUGGAUAACUCCACCAGUGUGCGGGAAGCUGCUGUUGAGUUGCUCGGCCGAUUCGUACUGAGUCGCCCUCAGCUGACUGAACAAUACUACGACAUGCUCAUUGAGAGGAUACUGGAUACGGGCAUUAGUGUGAGAAAGAGGGUGAUUAAGAUCUUGCGAGACAUCUGUCUGGAGCAGCCCACCUUCAACAAGAUCACGGAGAUGUGUGUGAAGAUGAUCCGAAGGGUCAACGAUGAAGAAGGCAUUAAGAAACUGGUAAAUGAAACAUUCCAGAAGUUGUGGUUCACUCCAACUCCAAAUCACGAUAAGGAAACCAUGACCAGGAAGAUCAUCAAUAUCACUGAUGUGGUGUCUGCAUGCAGGGAUUCUGGUUAUGACUGGUUCGAACAGCUGCUUCAGAAUUUGCUAAAGACUGAGGAAGACGCCUCCUAUAAGCCAACCCGGAAAGCCUGUGCCCAGCUCGUCGACAAUCUCGUGGAGCACAUCCUCAAAUAUGAGGAGGAGUCUCUCACUGACUGUGAGAGUAAAGGGGUGAACUCAAAUCGCUUAGUGGCCUGCAUCACCACGCUCUACCUCUUCAGCAAGAUCCGAGCGCAGCUGAUGGUGAAACACGCGAUGACCAUGCAGCCCUAUUUGACCACCAAGUGCAACAACCAGAAUGACUUCAUGGUCAUCUGUAAUGUAGCUAAAAUCUUAGAGUUGGUGGUGCCUCUGAUGGACCAUCCCAGCGAGACCUUUCUCACCACCAUUGAGGAAGACUUGAUGAAGCUCAUUAUCAAAUAUGGAAUGACGGUUGUGCAGCAUUGUGUAAGCUGUCUUGGGGCAAUAGUGAACAAGGUCACUCACAACUACAAGUUUGUCUGGGCUUGUUUUAACCGGUACUAUGGGGCACUAAACAAGCUAAAGACCCAGCACCAGGAGGACCCGAAUAGCAUGGUGCUGGUGUCCAACAAACCGGCGCUGCUGCGGUCUCUCUUCACUGUAGGAGCUCUGUGCAGGCACUUUGACUUUGACCGAGAAGAGUUCAAAGGAAAUAACAAGGUUGUCAUAAAGGACAAGGUGUUAGAGCUGCUUCUGUAUUUCACCAAGAACGAGGACGAGGAGGUGCAGACGAAGGCCAUCAUUGGCUUGGGUUUCCUGUUCAUCCAGCACCCAGGCCUAAUGUUCGUCCCUGACGUGAAGACCCUGUACAACGGCCUCCUGUCAGACAGGAAGAAGUCUGUAAACCUGAAGAUCCAGGUGCUGAAGAACCUACAGACGUACUUGCAGGAAGAGGACUCACGAAUGCAGGAAGCUGACAGGGAGUGGAAGAAGCUGUCCAAGCAGGAGGAUCUGAAGGAGAUGGGUGACAUCUCGUCGGGUAUGAGCAGCUCCAUCAUGCAGCUGUACCUCAAGCAGGUCCUGGAGGCCUUCUUCCACACGCAGUCCAACGUGCGUCACUUUGCCCUCAACGUCAUCGCUCUUACACUCAACCAGGGUCUCAUUCAUCCCGUACAGUGUGUCCCUUAUUUGAUUGCCAUGGGAACCGAUCCCGAGCCCACAAUGAGGAACAAAGCAGACCAGCAGCUGGUGGAAAUUGAUAAGAAGUACACAGGAUUUAUUCACAUGAAGGCUGUGGCGGGGAUGAAGAUGUCCUACCAAGUCCAGCAGGCCAUAAUGGCAUCCCGGGACAUGAUCAUCCGGGGUUUCCGUCAAGACGAGUCUAGCUCAGCGCUCUGUUCGCACCUUUUCACCAUGGUGCGGGGAAAUCGGCAGCACCGGAGAGCCUUCCUCAUCUCACUGCUCAAUCUGUUUGAUGAUAGUGCGAAGACGGAAGUGAACAUGCUGCUCUUCAUUGCCGACAACCUGGCGUGUUUCCCGUACCAGACCCAGGAGGAGCCUCUCUUCAUCAUGCAUCAUAUCGACAUCACGUUGUCAGUGUCCGGCAGCAACCUCCUGCAGUCCUUCAAAGAGUCUUUGCUAAAAGACUCGAGGCAAAGGGAAAAGAAGAAGAAAAAGAAGGAACGGGAAAAGAAAUACGGCUCGGAGGAGGAAGAUGAGGACGAAGAGGAUCCUGAGAGCAGCAGCGAAAGCAGCAGCGACGAAGACGAUGAGGUCGUCCAUAGGUCGAAGAAGGCUAAGCGGGCUGCGGUGAGCUCCGAUUCAGACUCGGACCUCGAGGCUGACGACGUGGACAAGGUCAUGGACCGUCUUCCGGACAACCCCAUGCCUCUGCUUGAUUUUGCCAACGCCUCUCAGGGCAUCCUGCUCCUCUUAGUGCUCAAACAGCACUUAAAGAACCUCUAUGGCUUCUCUGACAGCAAAAUCCAGAAAUACUCGCCAACGGAGUCAGCGAAAGUGUACGACAAAGCGGUGAACAGGAAAACCAACGUGCAUUUUAACCCACGGCAGACGCUGGACUUCCUGACCAACAGUCUCUCCAACGCCGAGCUCACGUACGAAGUCAAGAGAAGGAUCGUCAGGCAAUACUUAGACUUUAAGGUACUGAUGGAGCACUUGGAUCCUGACGAAGAGGAUGAGGAAGGUGAGGCGUCAGCUAGCACCCAUGCCAGAAACAAAGCCAUCACUGCUCUGCUGGGAGGCUCCAGCCCGAAAAACAACGCUGCCGACUCAUACGAUGAAGACAGCGAUGGAGAUGAGAAAAUGCCUGGAUCGUCACGGAGAUCCAAAAGAGGCGGAGAUUCCGCAGAUGCAUCAGGUCACAUGAACGAAACGGUAGAAGCCAUGGACGUCAUCGCCAUCUGUUGCCCCAAGUACAAGGACCGGCCGCAGAUAGCUCGCGUUAUCCAGAAGACGAGCAACGGUUACAGCGUGCACUGGAUGGCUGGCUCGUACUCCGGCACUUGGGCCGAGGCCAAGAAACGGGACGGACGCAAACUGGUGCCUUGGGUGGACACUAUCAAGGAAUCAGACAUCAUUUACAAGAAAAUCGCCUUGACGAGCGCGCACAAGCUGACUAACAAAAUGGUGCAGACUUUACGCUCACUGUACGCAGCCAAGGAGGGGACUUCCAGCUAAUCCGACUCCAGUUACUCCACCAGGAACUCUCAGCAGCCAAACUUUAUUGGGAUCCAACAUUUUCUAACUCGGACAGUGUGGCAAGAGUACUCAUGGACUCACAAAAGCUCAAGAUUGGCUGUCUAAAGAGUGAGGAGAGGGAAAGGAAGGAAGGGGGGAAGCAUUUUAAAAGUCGUGAGGACCUGCAGGAAAGCAUUCUGUGGACACAUUUUAAGUUAAACAGGACAAACGCAUCUAGAAGGAAAUGUUUGGAAAAUGUGUGGGAGCUCCUUCGCUGUUGUGCAGCAACUCAGUUGUGUGAUUUUUACUCCCACUGUAUCAUAGUUUAACAGAAAAAAACAAUAAACACAAAAACAAAAAUGUUUAUAUCUCUGACGAAAAAAUCUGUUUAAAAAAAUAAACUUAAAGUGAAUGUUGGAAAUUAGUCUGUUGAUGUUCUUAAUAAAGUGUUCUUGGAGUUAAACCUAGCACCGGAUGGAUUUCUUUAGCUUAGCUCAGUGUCCAGGGAAAGAAACUUUUAAAUAUUUCUUCUGCUUUGUUUUACUCCCUUUUUUUUUUCCCCUUUCUUUUUUUUUUAAACUCAUGCUGUACAAUGGAGUCUCCUGGACAUAAUUUAUUCUGUUCAAAGCAGAGCAUGCAGUAUCUGUGGCCUACAUGCAGGGGGAGAUUAAUUUUUUUUCCUUUUUUUUUUUUUUGUAAAUGUAGAUUUUGAUGUAUUAGGUCACCCUAGAGAGAAAAAAGGGAUCCCCAGCACUUCUGGCGGAACAAAUACUGCAAUAAAUUUUUUUACUUCUCUUUGUUA